GUAGUUACGAUAUUUCAAGUGUUCUCGCCGAAGAAGAUGCAUUACUUCCGGUUGGCUGAGGUCAAGCUCCGGAUCACAACAGCACACAGCUGUUGUGAAGAUGGCGGACAGCUAUGAGAAAGAGGGGAGUUCUCUGAACAGCAGGGAAGCAGGAGACCAGAUAUCGGCGAUGUUCAGGCGGUGUAGGGGCCGCCCCCGUCUGACGGACACCGACCGGGCCAAGAGGCGCCUGGAGUCGCGGAAAAAGUACGACGUGAGGCGGGUUUAUCUGGGGGAAUCCCACAAGGUUUGGAGCGAGCUGCGGCGGCGGACCGGCUUGAGCGACGCGGGGCUCGCCGAGUAUUUAAUCCUGCUGAACGCCACUUACGGGGACGUGUACCAGCAGAAGUACGGCUAUGGAAAGAAGUCUGCCUCUGGACUAUGUGUCAAACAGAAAAGAGGAAAGAAGGUUGAGGCGACCAGCCUCAGAGCUCUGGUGGGCUGGUAUCAGGACCACUCCCGGUCCUGUCCUCAUGAACCACAGCUGCAGGCCCCAGAACUGCCAGCACUGGCCUUCCCCACCUCACUGGUUUGGUGCUGUAUUGCUAGCCACUCCUUUGUGCAACACCUCUCACAGCCAGCAGGAGGCAGUGACGAUUCUGAGACUGAAGGUGAGGGUGGGAAUGAUGGCAGCGCAGCGUGUACUGAGGCAACACCUGGCGUUGUGACGAGGACAAGGAGGAAGAGGAGAGUAGACUCUUCAAGGCAAUAUUAUGAUGCCAGUGAGGACCUGGAAGAGACCAGGGUAGGAGAGUCUGAGGUGUCAUCGAAUGACAUGGACAAGGCCGCCAUUCUAGGCCAGCUUCCAGAAUCCCCUGUUUCUCAGAGGGGCACCACCGCUGGACAGCCCACAGAGGAGCAGUCUCUCUGGGAGAUGGAGGUCGUGAUAGAGGGAGAGAAAGGACAGGAGCAGGAGUCGGAGAAUGAAGGAGAGAGUCUGGGAGCCUUGGCUGGCAACGGGAACACUGGAGAGGGAGACGAGGUGGGAGCGGAGGACCUGAGAGGGGCAGAGAGGGGCACGGGGCCGAAUGGUUACGAGUGCGCCAUGGUAACGGCCACUGUGAUCGAUCGGCUGCGCAAAGACGCCCCGGUGGUGAUGGACAAUAUCGCCCGGAGUCACCCUCAGCCCCACGCCCCUCAAGGUUCUUCCACUGUGCAAGUUUCGGGCCAGGGGGAGCUGUACGAACCCCAGACACUGCAGACGGUUGUGGCCAGCUGUCAGAUACCGAACGGGAAGGAAGCUUUGGAAGGAUCACAGGUGAUCAUUAUCACAGGCCCUGGUUACGAGGCCCUGGCUUCAGAGGGGAUCCAGCUGAACGUGGGGGGCGGAGUCGGGGAAGAGGUUACCUGCACGGUUAUUGAGGGUGUGGCCUACAACCAGGUGUGCCAGUCAGACGUCGGCCAGAGGUCGCCUGUCCCUGACGCAGACGCCAUCAGGGAGCUCAGCGGGAAGCAGAUCCUGCAACCCAGUGCAGAGUCGCGUGACUCGAAUAUGAGCUGCGGGAAGGAGCUGCAGAGGGGCCUGAGUAGGUCAAGGAGGAAUCGUCGAGGUCCAGUAAUAGAGGCAGACGGGAUGCUGAAGAUGUUCCACUGCCCAUAUGAAGGCUGCAGUCAAGUCUAUGUGGCCAUCAGUAGCUUCCAGAAUCAUGUGAACCUAGUUCACAGAAAAGGCAGGACUAAGGUUUGCCCGCAUCCUGGUUGUGGCAAGAAGUUCUACCUCUCAAACCACUUGCAUCGUCACAUGAUUAUCCACUCAGGCGUACGUGACUUCAUCUGUGAGACCUGUGGAAAGUCAUUUAAGCGCAAGAAUCACCUGGAGGUCCACAGGAGGACGCACACAGGGGAGACACCUCUGCAGUGUGAGAUCUGCGGGUAUCAGUGCCGCCAGCGGGCUUCUCUUAACUGGCACAUGAAGAAGCACACGUCCGAGGCUCAGUACAACUUCACCUGCGAGCACUGCGGCAAGAGGUUCGAGAAGCUGGACAGUGUCAAGUUCCACAAGCUGAAGAGCCACCCGGACAAGCAGGCGGCCUGA